AUGCCGAUGCAACUACAUUCGUCGACGGAUGACACAGAGAACCAAUUAGUGCUCGAUGAGUUGGACUACGACGUAUUUGCGAUGGCUGAAGAACUGAAACGAUAUAUUUCUUCUAUCACAAAUGAGCAGAGAAGGGUCUAUGAUGCCAUCAUGGAUGCUGUGUCGAAGAAUUGUGGCUGGCGGGAUUUACUUCCUCUACGGUCACGGAGGUACCGGAAAGACAUUUAUAUGGAGAACGUUGAGAGGCUCAUUAUAUGGGACGAGGCACCGGUGAUGCAUAGAUAUUGUUUCGAAGCGCUUGACAAGACCUUGCGAUCUAUCACGCAUGUUCCCAAACCAUUCGGUGGCAAGGUGGUCGUUCUUGGCGGAGACUUUAGACAGAUUUUACCUGUGGUGUUGAAGGCAUCAAGGCAGGACAUUGUUCACGCUACGAUCAACUCAUCUCAGCUUUGGGAAGACUGUAAGGUUCUUAAGUUGCAUACGAAUAUGAGGCUUCAAUCAAGCUCUAAUCCAUCCGAGGUUGAAGAAGUAAAGAAGUUUGCUCAUUGGAUACUGAGUAUCGGUAAUGAGGAGGCGGGAGAGCAAAACGAUGGUGAAGCGUCUGUUGAGAUUCCCGAGGACAUGCUAAUUCCCGAUUCCGAAGAUCCAUUAUUGAGUAACAUAUCAAAUCCCGAUUAUUUCCAAGGGAGGGCAGUGCUUGCGCCGACUAAUGACUGCGUUCAGUUUGUCAACGACUACUUAUGUUCCCUCAUUCCCGGCGAAGAGAAGUUGUACCUCAGUGCGGAUAGUAUAUGCAAGGAUGAGAUGAAUUCGGAAGAGAAUGCUCAAAUUUAUACGACCGAAUUCCUCAACACCGUGUCUUGCUCCGGUCUCCCGUCACAUAGGCUUAAACUCAAGGAAAAUGUUCCUGUUAUGCUCAUACGAAACAUCGAUUAG